AUGUCUCCCAGGAAAAUCCCGGAGUUUCUCACCGUCGGACUUGCCGUACUUGUUCCUGGACUUACCGAGACUGUGCCUACAGGCGCUCAAGUUGUUGAUGCCAAAGCGUCGUGCGACUUCACCAAGGACGGCCUCAAAUGGUCGAACGCCCUGCGCAUGAACCAGAUACAGGUAGUGGGAACCCACAACAGCUACCACCUCGAGUCUCCGAUCAAAGAGAAGGAGGCUCAGGCGCAGCUCAUCAAGGACCCUGUUCAGUUCUACUAUUCGCAUCCUCAGCUCGAUAUUCAGCUUGAGUAUCAGCAUAUCCGCAAUCUUGAGAUUGACAUCUUUGCCGACCCUGAUGGUGGCCACUAUGCAAAGCCUCUGGUAAAGCAGUGGUCUGGUCUUCCUCUGCCGCCGCAGGAAGUCAUGAACAAGCCGGGUGUCAAGGUCCUACACAUCGCUGAUGCCGAUGUGAACACCCAGUGCCACACUUUCAUUGAGUGCCUGACUAUCAUGAAGAAGUGGUCCGAAGCGCAUCCUAAGCAUGUACCUAUCCCCAUCAUGAUUGAGUUCAAGUCUACGGACCGAACCAUUACUGCCAAGGGAGGCGUCGAUGCUAUUCCAUGGAACAACACUGCACUCCUCGACGAUUUCGACAAGGAGAUCCGCACCGUCUUCUCGCCUUCCCAGCUCAUCUCUCCCGACAGCCUGCGCCGUGGGAACUUGACCCUGGAGAAGUCGGUCCUCAAGUACGGCUGGCCUGAUCUGGACUCAGCUCGUGGCCGCUUCUUUUUCCUGAUGGAUCAGAGCCCCGGCCCCAUCCGGGACGCGUACACCGAGGGCCGGCCCAAUCUAGAGGGGCGGGCCAUCUUUACCAACUCGGUGCCUGGCAACUCGGACUGUGCCUUCCAGAAGCUGAACGAGCCCCUCGGCGAGGAUAACCUCGCCAACAUCCAAAAGCAGGUCGCUGCCGGCUACUGGGUGCGAACCCGGUCGGAUGUGACUUACAGCAACCUGCUCGGCAAUGACACGACCGCCAUGCGUGAGGCCGCAUUCAAGAGCGGUGCUCAGAUUUUCAGCACGGACUUCCCUGUGUACGGUAUUUCCAGCCGCUUUAAUGUUGACUACGCUGUGUUUCUGGAGGGUAGGAAGUCAGCACGAUGCAACCCCGUCAAUGCCCCUGAAUCCUGCAAGGCCCUCGAGCUGGAGCCGGCUGAGUAUGUGAGAAAUUAA